AGGUGUACAGCGUUUACAAUAUCGAAUCGAGGUGUUCCUACUGCCAUAGUGCCUAGAUGGCGCUGUUGUGCGGAUAGCGUGAGUGGCGGAGUUGCUCAGUGCAGCAGCGGCGUGUUCUCAAACUCUAAACCGCGCAGGAAUGAACAACGCUCGCCGAGCAGCGGAUACACGGUCGCUUUUAAUUAACGAUUCGAGCCGUUCCUGCUGACUUUAUGCACAGAACCCCACAUUAUAACAUCGGAACAAGUAAACAAGGCACGUACAAGCGGGUCGUCGGUUUAGAAACCGUACCAUGUAACAGAAUAUUCGCUGGUGCCCGGCGGCUUUGAAGCAGGAGUGAAGAGCAAUCAAUCACCGGACACCUCCACCGUUAUUCGGCGAGCGCUGCUGAGGAGGCAGGGUAACCGCUGCUCUAAUGCUGCCCUGACCGGGCCAAUUCACCUCAGCGGUACUAUUUCAACGCGGCGUCUUGUUUUCGACCCAACACUAUAUCAGGUUAUAUAGCGGGACUAGUGCACGGCAAUGAUGUUGCAAGUGUUGGCUUGCGGCGUGGUGGUUUUCCCCGGUCUCUUCUUCACUUUGAGAAAAGUGCUUCCGUCCAUUUUCAAGCAGUGGACAGAUGCCGAUGUCGUGCUGGUCAGCGAAAGGCUGGUGUCAUCCAUUCAUGCUGUUAUGGCUACCACAGUUGGCAUCAUCGUGGUGUCCUCAUGCAGAGGCAAUGUGAUUGCAGACCGACACUGGCUGGCCACCCAUUUUGUCAUUUGGUAUGGCGUGCCCUACAUGACAUAUGACAUCUUUGCCAUGUACCUCAGCCAUUACCAUCGCUUCCGGGUCAAAGGUCACAAGGACUAUAAGAACCACUCUCUACGCACGGUCAACUCAUUUGUGAGGAAAGAGUUCCUGCUGGUCCUCCAUCACAUUGCACUGCUCACCAUCCUGCUACCUGUGACACUGUUCUUUAGGAAGGACCAGGGUGAUUACUUCAUUGGCUGUCUGUUCCUCACAGAGCUCAGCACUCCUUUUGUUUCACUGGGCAAAAUCCUCAUUCAGUUGGGGAUGCAGGAAUGCUGGCUGCACAAGGUCAAUGGCGGCAUGGUGCUGUUGAGUUUCUUCAUAUGCCGCAUUGCACUCUUCCCCUAUAUGUACUGGAUGUACGGCUCCCACUACGGCAUCCCGCUAUACAGCGUUCCCUUCCAUAUGCCCUUCUCUGCAAACCUGGGCAACUUCUGCAUCCUGGCACCGCAAGUCUACUGGUUCGUCCUUCUCUGCCGUAAAGGCUACCGACUCUACAAGCGCCAACAGGAUGCAAAGAAUCAGAUCUCUCCAGUGUCCUCCCCCGAGCCCAUCUCAGAUAUCGCCAAGGCUGAUUAGCGAAGGAAUCACUGUUGUUAUCUAGAACAAACCAACCAAUCAACGUCACAGCUGAAGGCUACGGCACUGCAUCUACUACUGUUACUGUACAACUAGACUCACGCGCCUGUUAGAAAUCCCAUUAUUACUGCUGACUUCUCUUCUCUUCUCCAUUCCACACAUAAAUGGCUGUUACAGAGCCGCUCCAUUGGAUUAACUGCCUGCGGUGAUCACUAAGGAGACUUUUAGGUCAGAUGUUGAGGGGUGUGACCCUCUCUUCCUUUUCUGACUGGAGGAUCUGUUACAGUUGGGACUUGUGUCUUUGAAUGUCAUUGGAAUUAUCUGUUACUUUUUGUUAUUUUUUUGGUUCUGUCCUUUGUCCUAUAUGAUAAGCUGGCCCAACCCUAACCUAUAGUGUGUAUGUGUGCUUGAAGUAUAAAAAUACAAUGGUUUAAAGGGAAACUAUUAUGUGAGUAGCACAGCUACGUCUAUGAUGAGAUAAAUUUAUUAAACAAACAUUACUUUAAAAACCUGCAGUACUUUAACAUUAGAGCAGAAUUUCAGAUCACCUGCACAUGGGGGCAGUAAAGAAUCAGUCCUUAUGUUCACAGUAAUAUACACAGGUCUUGAGUCUAUUGGGGGGUGGGGUCUUUGCAGGUACAAAGAGCCAGCACAUAACGCUUGGCAUAUCUUUUAGGCCACAUUAUGCCCGGGGGGAUCUCCAGGCAGCAGUCAAAGCAAAAACACAAGAGGCUUCAAAGCAAGGGACUGUGGGUAGUUGGAUGUCCCAUGUGAACACAUAAUCUGAAAGAAAAAUUGCAUGCCACCCUACUCCUAAAACUGACAUCUGUACAUCCAAAGGAUGUAAUAUAGGGUUCCCGCAUCAUGUAAAAUUGUAAUUUCCAGGUCUGGAAAAUAAAUUAAAAUCAAUACAAUUUUAAAGUCAUGGAAAUUUCUACAGUCAAUAUAGUUUUUUGGUAACACUUUACAAUAAGGUUGUAUUAGUUAACAUUGUUAACUACAUUAGUUAACAUGAACUAACAAGGAACAAUUGUAUUUGUUUUAAUUGUGUAACAUUAAAGGAAUAUUCCAGGUUUAAUACAAGUUAAGCUCAAUCGACAGCAUUUGUGGCAUAAUGUUAAUUCCCACUAAAUGUACUUUUGACUUGUCCCUCCUUUUCUUUAAAAACAGCAGAAAUCGAGGUUACAGUGAAGCACUUACAAUGGAAGUGAAUGGGGCCAAUUUUUGGAGGAUUUAAAGUCAGAAAUGUGAAGAUUAUAAUUUUAUAAAAGCACUUACAUUAGUUCUUCUGUUAAAACUCAUAUAUUAUUUGAGAUGUUAAGUUGUUUAAAAAGUAAUAUUUACAGUCAUUUUAGGGUUUGUUGACUACAUUGUGAUGGCUAUAUCUUACAGACAAGGUUAGUAAGCGAUUUUAUCCCACUGAAAUUAUGUUAACAUGCAUAUUGUUUAUGUCUUGUGGCCAUACUUUUGAAACAGUGUGUAUUUUAACAUUUAUGGAUUGGCCCCAUUCACUUCCAUUGUAAGUGCCUCAGAUUUUUGACUUUUUUUAAAGAAAAGGAGGGGCAAUUCAAAAUGUAUUUUUGCGGUAAUAAAAAUUAUGCCAUAAAUGCUGUCGAUUGAGCUUAACUUGUAUUAAACCCAGAAUAGUACUUUAACUAAGAUUAUUAAAUGCUGUAAAAAUAAUUGUUAAUUGUUAGUUAAUGAUACCCAAUGCAUUUAAUUAUGUUAACAAAUAAAACCUUAUUGUAAAGUGUUACCAGUUGUUUUCUAGUUAUUCUCAGCGCUAUAAUAUUUUCAUGGACUAGAAAUCGACUGUUUUACUCCCCAAAUAAAUAAAUAAUGUAAGAUUUAUGCAUUUUAAUUUCAUAACAGAUUUCCAUCUAAUUUAAUUGUUAGCUUAACAUUUUUUUAAUAAAAUAACUUUUUUUACAUUUUGUUUUAUUUAAUUUGGUUAAAGAUUACACAACUUGAAAUGUUGAAUUGAAAUGUGUACAUUUUAAAAAUAGGUUAAAAUAUUUUUUUUUGAGUGCUAUUUCGCUACAAUGAUUUUUAAACAUCUUUACCCAGUAAUCGUAAACAUCUGGAAAUUAAUUUAUCAAAAGGUAUUUGAACCCUGGCAUUAAGUAUUAUGUUUGUGAUUUGGUGUUGAAUGUGAAGUGUGGCACACAUACUAUGCUCUUUAUGUGGGGUUUUAUGAGGCGUUAUCUUUCUUUUAACUAAGCCUGCAGUUUGAGUUUUAGAAUAAUUGUAUUUAAUUCUAAAUUGAUGUGCUGUAAAAAUGGGUUAUUUGCUGUUGCCUAGUGUCAUUUUUGUAGGAAGGAUUACGGCCGUAUGAGAACUUGUGUAAAUGUAGGCUUGCAAGGAACUCAGAAACCUUUGUUUCAAGGCUUUUAACACAAACUGUAGCAUCUUUCAUAAUACAUUUAGUUGAUGCUGAAUGCCAUAUGAAAGCAUCUAAGUUUUUAUUUACAGUCCAUUAAAGUAUUAGUUCACCAAAAACUGAUAAUUCUGCCAUUGUUUACCCCUUUGUUGUUAUAACACUAUAUGACUUUCCUUCUUUUUCUUAACACAAAGGGAGAAAUUGUGAAAGAAAAAUUGUGCUCAGUGAUGUCAUACAAUGGCAGAUUAUGGUGACCACCUCUUCAAGCUUUAAAAGAAGAAAAAGAACGAUUGUUAUGAAAGUAUACAUAAGAUGUGGUGCGAAACAAACUGAAAUCUAAUGUAUUAUUUAGUGAAAAUGUUCACUGAGUGUUGAUCUGUUCGCAUUCAUGAUAGGACAGGAGCGCAACAGUUUACGCAGCCCUCUCGUGACAUUGUGGCUUUCAAGCGAAAACUUGUUUUGUUGAUCUAAAAACAGGUCCUCCACAGCAAUAGUGACAACAGAACACAACACAGCUACACACAAAACAGAGAACAGAACUUACUAAACAUGUCUGAAGAGUUUGUAGUCAAAGAAUUGAUGCAUUUCUAUGCUCAGCCUUAUUUUUUUUAACUGAGUACUCGGAAAUCAAACAGACACAUAGAGGAGGCUACAGGCAGCCACAGUCACACCGUCUCCUAAUCUGAUGGCAAACGACAUGCGAUAAAAGGUAUAUUUUCUGUGUUAAUCAGUUUUUGUCCUAAUCAGCAGUGACGAGCGACAGUACAUUCUAUCAACCGCUUGUUUUCUAUUUUCGGCAUCGUGCAGGUAACUCUCUCCAUUGCGUGAACUAACUCCGUCAGUCCACUGUGAACAGGCAUCAGUCCAAAAACGUUCAAAAAAUAAGGCUGGACGUAGAAAUGCAUCAAUUCUUUCACUACAAACUCUUCAGACAUGUUUAGUCUGAAGAGUAAACAAUGACUGAAUUUUCAUUUUUGGGUGAACUAUCCCUUUAAGCACUUUCAAAAGUGCAUAACUGUUGGAUUAAAAUCAGUACAUACCAAUGCACUCAUUUAGUGGGCUUCUAAGACAAACUGGACCUAAAAGUAGCCUUUAGCAAGCGUGUGUGUGAGAGAGAGAAAGAAGGCUUGUAUAACAGUGUGUAUAAGCUCCCAGCUCGUACGCUUGGAGGUUGAACAGGGUCUUUGCUGGACUGAAAGAGAUGGAAUGCUUUGCUCAAAAGUAAGAAUACAGUCAUUCAUGCUGUUGCUUCCUGUCUUUGGCAAGUUUCUUUUGGGUUGGAUGUAGGUUAUUUUUCCUGUUAGGUUUUAUUUUUAAUUUAGUAAAAUUAAAGUUUUGUUUUCAAUUGUAUAUAACAUUGAUGCAUUUCACUUUUUCCCCCUUUUUUGAGUCUACUGCAGUGUGAUCUGCUGAUCUAUCAUUAGAACUUUCUCUCAUUCUCACAGGUCAUAGGGCAUUUUUUUGUAUAGUGUAUAUCAAACCCAUAAUAUAUAAUCCGUAAUAUAUGGACAGUCUUAUAUCCAGAGGAUUGAAAAGAUCUUGAUAAAUGACAUUGAACAUACUGUUUUUGAUGUCAGGCUUAUUUAAGGCAUUUUUUUGACCUUUAAAUCACGGGACUGUAUGAUAUGAUUUUAAAAUCAUAAUAUAUGAAGUCUUUUGUUUAGCCUUUUCAAGGCCUCUCUCAGCUCAGGGUUUGGUAAAAGUUAUCAUUUAUCCAUUAUUAUGUAGAGAUGAAAGAUGGGACUGUGCUUAAGAAAGGAAUAAGAAAGAUAAGACACAAAAUGUAUAAUUGAGAAGACCUACAAUGACGAUCACCUUCUUGGUUUUAUUUGUGUUUUCCUUCAAAGCUUGUGAUUUUACAACUAUUUGGUUUAGUAGACCAAAGAUUGUCAGGCACUUUAUUCAGCAAUAGAUUCUAUUAAUCAUCAAUUGAAAAAGGUGACAUGUAGUUUAAUGGCUCUGGAGUUAAUCUGACCUUCAACAUGAUUGCCCUUCCUUCAGUUGCUAUCUACAGAAGGUCAAAUCUCUACAAGGCAUUCUUCAGUUCCUGAGGCAACAAAACAUCUGGAAUAGUCCACAGUAUGAAAUGAAAAUACAUGAAUGAGAAUGAGAGGUUUAGACAUUGCUUGGGAUUGUUAUCUGCUGCUUUGAUUUUUAACACAUCUAAACUAGGUAAAUAUAUGCAGAGAACUUCAUUUGAAUUAAUUAAUUAGAAAUAUCUAAAAAGGUUUUGUUUUUCCACCCAAAUUGUGUGUUGACUGGAAGAUCGUAAAUACAGUGCCUUGUAUUAGAGUUGUGUGUGGUGUUGACACAAGCUCAGCGCAAAGAGCCCUGGGCAGGUGGUGUUUAUAGGUUGUGGCUGUCUCUGCUCACUUCCUUUUUAUAUUCAAAAAUGUACAUUACAUAAGAUUAAGGAAAUUCCUCUGUUAUCAGGCACAGUGUAAUGUACACUUUGAUUCUGUUAAUUCUAAAAAGUUUCAUUUAAAUAUAUAAUUUGAGUAAACUGUUACAGCUAACUUUGUUUUUCAAACAUGCUUUUGUUGAAGUCUUACAAUCAUGUUUUAAUUAUUAUUAUUAUUAUUGAAGUUCUGUAUGUGCUUGCUGUGUUUUGUCUUUAUAUUUGCAUUUUUUUUUUUUUUUUUACUCAUUUAAAAGAAAUCUAAAACGUCUAUAUUGUAACCCAGUUUUCUGAGCUGCAUUCAUUCCUCACAGGCUGACGUGAUUAAACAGCACAUAAGCUUAGGUCAGGGUAUGUCCAUGAUGGUCUAUUACACUUCUAGAUCUUGCAUGCAUCUAGAAGCAUUUUAUCAAUGGUCCACAUACAAACUAUGGCAAAAUGUACAACACCUACACUCAAAUGCAUUCCUUGGUUCCAUCUUUGAACCCGUUCAGUUAAAUCUUAACUCUCAUUAAGAGGCCAGUGAUGAAGGAAACCUUUUAGAGAACUGGGAUGUAGCCAGAAGGCAUGUUUGCAUUAUCUAUUUCCUGGUGAGGACAACUCACUUCCUUGCUAUAUGUCAGCUUGACCUCCAAGCAUGACUGAUUUUCUGAUUUUCUAAUUCACAACCUUUAGCGCUCCCUGCCUCCUAUUUUUGAUAACAUUUUGAUUUUUCACAUAUAUAUCAGAUUCAUAUAAAUAUAUAGUUAUUUUAUCAGUUUGUAGCAUGACCUUUUAAGAAUCUCCUUUUAGAAAGGGGCUACAGAGUGAAACUAAUUAUUUUCUUGAAACCUGUAAAUCCAAACACCACUUUGGAGAAAAUAAAUCUGAUUUGAUGAAUCCUUUUAA